GUGAAGCGAAGAAGAAGAGUCGCCGACGACGGGCAGCUCAGUUCAGUUGCGCAGCGGUGAUAUCCCCACCCGGUUUUUUAUGUGCUGAACAACUGACAAGUCCUCUAUUUAAAAGAGCGUUAUCUUUUCCACAAAAUGGCCACGGAUUCAGGAUACGGUGGCUCACAGAGUUACGGCUCGUACGGCGGUCAGCAAGGUGGGCAGAGUUACGGUCAAGGAAAUGGCAAUAACUCUUAUGGGGGUCAGAAUUACGGUGGUUAUGGGCAACAGCAGCAGCAGCAGCAGCAACAACAGCAGCAAGGUGCCACACAAGACGGUUACGGGCAGUCUCAGGGAGGCUAUGGACAGCAACAGAGUUACGAAGGAUAUGGACAGGAAUCGUCCGGAUAUGGCGAUAAACCAUCAUAUGGUCAACAAGGUUCUGGGUCCUACGGUCAGCAAACAUCUUAUAGCAAUCAGGGUCAAGGCGGAGAUGGAUACGGACAACAGGGAUCUUAUGGAGGUCAGUCCGGUGGAGCGGGCGGCUAUGGAAGCCAGGGACAAGGAAGCGGCGGCGGUGGCGGCGGCUAUUCAAGAUGGAGUGAUGCAGGUGAUGGUGGUGGUCAAGGUGGAAGAUUUGGUCGUGACCAAGGCGACCGCUCAGAAGGAGGCGGAUUCAGAGGAAGGGGACGUGGUGGCUUUGACCGUGGUGGUUAUGACCGCAGUGGUGGCUUUGACCGUGGCGGAUAUGACCGAGGUGGCAGAGGCGGACAUGGUGGUAUGGGAGGUGGUGACCGUGGUGGCUUCAAAAAUUACGGUGGCUCUCGAGACUACGGCUCACGGGAUGAACCGGAAGGCGAGCAGGACAACUCUGACAAUAACACCAUUUUUGUGGAGGGUCUGGGUGAAGAUGUCACGGUUCAGGAAGUGGGAGACUUCUUCAAGCAAAUCGGCAUCAUCAAGGUCAACAAAAAGAGCGGCCAGCUGAUGAUCAACAUCUACACUGACAGGGCCACGGGUCGAUCAAAAGGAGAAGCUACAGUAUCGUUUGACGACCCUCCGUCUGCUAAAGCGGCUAUCGACUGGUUUAACGGCAAGGAGUUUAACGGAAAACCCAUCAAAGUUUCAUUCGCAACCCGCAGAGCAGAGUUUUCACAGCGAGGCGGUGGACGAGGAGGAAGAGGAGGGUUCCGAGGCCGCGGAGGACCAAACUUCGACAUGAAGGGCGGCGACUGGCCGUGUCCUAACAGCUCCUGCGGGAACAUGAAUUUUGCACGGAGACAAGAGUGCAACAAGUGUGGCGCCCCUAAACCUGGAGACGCCGGAGGAUUCGGAGACCGUGGAGGCAGAGGAGGUUAUGGCGGGGACCGCGGCGGUGGGUUCAGAGGGCGUGGAGGAUUCCGCGGCGGCGACCGUGGCGGCUAUGGGGGCGACCGUGGCGGCUAUGGUGGUGAUCGUGGUGGCUAUGGAGGGGGCGGGUACAAAAUGGGCGGAAGAGGUGACCGAAGGGACGACAGAAGAGACCGGCCGUACUAAGUGUUGAGCAGAUGGACGUCACUCCAGACCUUGCCACCAACAAGAGAACUCAUCAUUAUCAUCAGACAGUCUAUUGUGUUUCACACCGAGUGAAUCUCAACUCAUGUCAGCUGGGAAGGAAUGUUUGAUACUGUGACAGGGUUUGGGGCUGAUGGGCAGUGUUGGCAUGUUUUUUUUUUUUUUGUUUGUUUUGUUUUUGAUUUUCUUGUACAUCUUUUUAAUUUUCUUAGGCUUUAGGUGCAGACGUUUUGUGUGGUAGACUUCGUAUCAUUGUUUUCUAUGAACAGAAUAAGAUGUUUUACCUGGGUCCCUCCUCCUGAAUCAUAAUAAAACUGUGACCUUUUUCUGGUGUAUUGUU